GCCAAAACUGUUGCUCAACAAUCAAUCAAUCAAGUACUGCUUAUGUCGUCUGCCAAUCGGUUGCAGAUUUUUGUGUGAUGAUCUGACAUUGAGGGUUAUUUAAGACUUAUUUGUGUAGUUAUAUAAACGUGCCAUUAUAAAUUGUCUUCUCUUGUAAAAGACAAGGAGUUAUCUUCGUUUCCUUUUGUCAAGUUAAAAUUCUCUUUAUUGCUUAAACUGAUAGUACAAUGCAUUUUGAUUUUUUGAAAAAUUCGUUGGAGCGUUUUCAAAACUUAAAAAGAAAAAAAUUCUUCUCUUACGGACUUCCAUUUUUAAUUCUCUUGGUUGGAGGAUCUUUUGGAAUUAAAUAUUUUGCCUCGCUUCGUUAUGAAGUUAGAAAAAGUGAACUGCUAAAGCCUGAAAAUCUUGAAAAGUAUGGUAUAAAGAAAAAGAAAGUUACUUUAGAGGAAGAAUAUGAGAAAAUAAAACAGCUAGAUAUUGAUAAUUGGGAAAACAUUAGAGGUCCCAGGCCAUGGGAAGAACCACAAUCUAAUCCAGAAAAAUAAUUUUCAUAAUUGUAUCAUAUGUAUUUAAUAUCAUGAUAAAUAAAGGUUUUCAUUUCUUAUAGAUUA